AUGCUUCUGCUGGGCAUCUUAAUGCUGGUUCUCGCCGGGGCACCCGCUGGCGGCUCAGAGCCAGAGCGGGAGGUGGUGGUUCCCAUCCGACUAGACCCGGACAUCAACGGCCGCCACUACUAUUGGCAGGGUCCCGAGGACUCCGGGGAUCAGGGACUCAUUUUUCAGAUCACAGCGUUUCAGGAGGACUUUUACCUACACCUGACGCCAGAUGCUCAGUUCUUGGCACCCGCCUUCGCCACUGAGCAUCUGGGCGUCCCCCUCCAGGGACUCAUUCGCAGCUCUCCGGACUUGAGACGUUGCUUCUAUUCUGGGGACGUGAAUGCCGAGCCAGAUUCGUUCGCUGCCCUGAGCCUGUGCGGGGGGCUACGCGGAGCCUUCGGCUACCGGGGCGCCGAGUAUGUCAUUAGCCCGCUGCCCAACACCAGCGCGCCGGCGGCGCAGCGCAACAGCCAGGGCGCACACCUCCUCCAGCGCCGGGGCGCCCCCGGCGGGCCUCCCGGAGAUCUCACGUCUCGCUGCGGGGUGGGCUCAGGCUGGAACCCCGCCAUCCUGCGGGCCCUGGACCCUUACACGCCUCGGCGGAUCGGCUUAGGGGAGGCUCGCAGCCGACGCAGGUCCGGGCGCGCCAAGCGCUUCGUCUCUAUCCCGCGAUACGUGGAGACGCUGGUGGUGGCGGACGAGUCGAUGGUCAAGUUCCACGGGGCGGACCUGGAGCACUAUCUGCUGACGCUGCUGGCCACGGCGGCGCGGCUGUACCGCCACCCCAGCAUCCUCAACCCCAUCAACAUCGUAGUGGUCAAGGUGCUGCUUCUCGGAGACCGCGACACGGGGCCCAAGGUCACGGGCAAUGCGGCCUUAACGCUGCGCAACUUCUGCGCGUGGCAGAAGAAGCUGAACAAAGUGAGUGACAAGCACCCGGAGUACUGGGACACGGCCAUCCUCUUCACCCGGCAGGACCUGUGUGGGGCCACCACCUGUGACACCCUGGGCAUGGCUGAUGUGGGCACCAUGUGCGACCCCAAGAGGAGCUGCUCUGUGAUCGAGGACGAUGGGCUGCCCUCAGCCUUCACCACCGCCCACGAGCUGGGCCACGUGUUCAACAUGCCCCACGACAAUGUGAAGGUGUGCGAGGAGGUGUUCGGGAAGCUCCGGGGCAACCACAUGAUGUCCCCAACGCUCAUCCAAAUCGACCGUGCCAACCCCUGGUCGGCCUGCAGCGCGGCCAUCGUCACUGACUUUCUGGACAGUGGGCACGGAGACUGCCUCCUGGACCAGCCCAGCAAGCCCGUCUCCCUGCCCGAGGACCUGCCGGGCGCCAGCUACCCGCUGAGCCAGCAGUGUGAGCUGGCCUUCGGUGUGGGCUCCAAGCCCUGCCCCUACAUGCAGUCCUGCACCAAGCUGUGGUGCACGGGCAAGGCCAAGGGCCAGAUGGUGUGCCAGACGCGCCACUUCCCCUGGGCAGACGGCACGGGCUGCGGUGAGGGCCGCUUCUGCCUCAAGGGGGCCUGCGUGGAGAGACACAACCUCAGCAAGUACCGGGUGGACGGCUCCUGGGCCAAGUGGGAGGCCUACGGCCCCUGCUCGCGCACCUGUGGAGGGGGCGUGCAGCUGGCCCGGAGGCAGUGCAGCAACCCCACCCCCACCAACGGCGGCAAGUACUGUGAGGGGGUGAGGGUGAAAUACCGCUCCUGCAACCUGGAGUCCUGCCCCAGCUCGGCCUCUGGCAAGAGUUUCCGGGAGGAGCAGUGCGAGGCCUUCAACGGCUACAACCACAGCACCAACCGGCUCACCCUGGCAGUGGCCUGGGUGCCCAAGUACUCGGGCGUCUCCCCACGGGACAAGUGCAAGCUCAUCUGCCGAGCCAACGGCACCGGCUACUUCUACGUGCUGGCUCCCAAGGUGGUGGAUGGCACGCCUUGCACCCCAGACUCCACCUCAGUCUGCGUCCAGGGCAAGUGCAUCAAGGCGGGCUGCGAUGGGAACCUGGGCUCCAAAAAGAAGUUCGACAAGUGUGGGGUAUGUGGAGGAGAUAAUAAGAGCUGCAAGAAGGUGUCAGGACUCUUCACCAAGCCCAUGCACGGCUACAAUUUCGUGGUGGCCAUCCCAGCGGGUGCUUCCAGCAUCGACAUCCGCCAGCGCGGCUACAAGGGGCUGAUCGGAGACGACAACUACCUGGCCCUGAAGAACAGCCAAGGCAAAUACCUGCUCAAUGGGCACUUCGUGGUGUCGGCCGUGGAGCGGGACCUGGUGGUGAAGGGCAGCCUGCUGCGCUACAGCGGCACGGGGACCGCGGUGGAGAGCCUGCAGGCCUCGCGGCCCAUCCUGGAGCCCCUGACGGUGGAGGUGCUCUCCGUGGGCAAGAUGACGCCGCCGCGGGUCCGCUACUCCUUCUACCUGCCCAAGGAGCCCCGGGCGCCCUCCGUACACCACAACAGCGUCCUCAGCCUCUCCAACCAGGUGGAGCAGCCGGACGCCCGGGCCCCCGCGCGCUGGGUGGCGGGCAGCUGGGGCCCGUGCUCGGCCAGCUGUGGGGGCGGCCUUCAGCGGCGGCCGGUGGACUGUCGUGGGUCCCCGGGGCAGCGCGGGGCAUCCACCUGCGACGCUGCGCACCGCCCGGUGGAGACGCGCAGCUGUGGGGAGCCCUGUCCGACCUGGGAGCUGGGCGCCUGGUCGCCCUGCUCCAAGAGCUGUGGCCGGGGGUUCAAGAGGCGUCCGCUCAAGUGCGUGGGCCACGGAGGGCGGCUGCUGGCGCGCGACCAGUGCGACCUGCGCCGGAAGCCCCAGGAGCUGGACUUCUGCAUCCUGAGGCCGUGCUGA